AAAAAUAAAAUGAGCAGAGAAAAAGUUAAAAAUAAAAUAAAAUGAGCAAAGAAAAAGAUUAAGCGGGUUUAAUGAUAAAAUAAAAUGAGCAAAGAAAAAGAUUAAGCGGGUUUAAUGAUAACUCGAUGCUCUAACGCUUGAUGAGUCCACAUAAUCAAAAUUCUCUCUUCACCCUUCUUUACCAGAACGCCUACUUUAGUGUAAUAUUUCAUACGACGCCUGCUUUAGUGUAUAUUAUUCAUGCUUGUUUAAAUGGCAGAGGAAGGGAAAGAGACUGGUUAGGCACGUUCAGAAUGAGCAUCAUGAUCUAAAACAACUAUCCCGUUUUCUUGAAGAAAUAGAUGAAGACAUACUGCUGGAGAUAUUUAUCCGUCUCCCGAAUUAUCGGUCUGCCAUUCUCUUUGGCGCUGUCUGUCACAAGUGGCAGUCUUUAAUUAGGCCACAUUCCAUCAGUAGAUUCAUAUCACAUCAUAAUGAGCACAAGGACCGCUAUCCACAACCAUGCACAGUCAUAUUUUGCAGAGCCUAUGAUUUGGGUUUGCUUAACCCCAAUUUUAGUUUCCCACAAUUUCAACCAAUUUGCAAGCUUUCUUCAGGGGAGUCAAUGUCUCUUCUUCGUCAAAACUCGAAUAAUACUGCUACUAAUUAUUUGGACUUCUUGCCUUCGCCAAUGGCCAUAAGAGCAUCCUGCAAUGAUUUAUUGCUCGUCUCCCCAAAUCUCGACUUCGACUCUCUAACACAUCUCUACUACAUUUGCAAUCCAAUAACAAGACAGUUUUAUUGGCUCCCGAAGAUAUCUCCAACUGUUGGGAAAUUCUCUAGUGUUGGACAGGCAUUAAUAUGCAUGCCUGACAACGAAUUUAAGAUUGUUGUUCUUGAGGAUCCUUGUAUUAUACGGCCUCCAAUUCUGGAAGAAGGUGCAAUACCUUACAGCGGUGUUAGGCAGUAUGUGUGGAUAUUUUCUUCCAAGACAGGAAGAUGGAAAGGUAAAUGCUUGGUAUAUCCGGAUCCCCGUGAACUACAGGGGGAUUAUUGGGUGGAAAUGAUUACGUGCCCAAUAUCUGGGGUCGUGUAUUGGUUGGAGCAAGACCUUAGAUUGGAUAGGGUAUUGUCAUUAGACUUGCGGAAUGAAAUUAAAGUCGGCAUUGUAGACUUUCCCGAUGAUUAUUGGUGGUACCCUAUGUUUGAAAUGGAUCUACGGAAAUGUGAGAUCAGAGGUGGAAUUAGGGGUGAUCAUGUCAAAACUCGGAUUGGGGUUGUGAGUGGUGAAUUGUGGUUGCUACAGUUUGUUUCGACUUCAGUGAAAGGAAUGAUCAAUCUUAAGGUGUGGAGAUUAAAUAAUGGUAGUAAGUGGAUUCUUGUUGAGGAUAGAAAAAAUUUGAAAGAUCCCAUCAACGAGAAGGAGGAGGAGUUUGUGGGUGGUUUUACUCAUCCAUUGAAUAACGAAGCACUCAUUUUGGUGUGGGGUAGAAAUAUUUUUGAAUAUAAUUUAACGGAUGGAACUUUGGAGAUAUUAGGAGUGCUUCAAGAAUAUAUUAAUUUUAGUGACUUUGCGUGGUUUAUGGAUGAGCGUCUUGUGUGCAUUCCUGUGAUGCCUCCCACCUGGCCUACCACACUUCCUGCCUCCAAGUCUUUAUAGCUUUUUUUCUUUAUUCUGCUUUUUAUUUAUUUAUUUUUUUUGUGCCGUCACAAGACUGAUUUUAUUGGUGGUGCUCACUGCCAUAAUAGUGUCGUCGUUCUAAGACUCGUGUUUCCUGUUUCUAUUUCACUAGUAAUCAACCU